CUUUAAUACAGCUAACAAUCUUAAGCUUAUAAAUAGCCGACAGCUUCAUCUAGAUUCAAUUUAUCUCUGAUUCUUCCCUUGAAAGACGACAGCUUUAUCGAAGUAGAAGAGAUGUCUUCAGAAUCUCUUAUCGAUCGUUUGAAAAACUUAGAUCCUAAGGAGCUUUUGAAGGUUCUAUCAUCAUGCGAAGGGUUUUGUCUGGAUUGUUCAUCUCUGAUGCAUUCUCGCAUUGAUAAUCUUAUUUCCGAAAAGCUGGAUGUUCUUUCAAUACCAGUUCAUAAUAGUGAAGUUAAUGGUGAAUUGUUUAGCCCUAAUGGAACACAUGAACAUGAAACUUCUGGAAGGCAUAAAAGGUUUAUCGAAUCUUCGCCUCAAUCUGUUAGUACCAAACAGAUGAUAAAAUCUCAAUCAAGAUUAGAAAUCCUUCUAAAAGAUGGUCUUAGCGAUGGAAUUCAUUCACAGUCUAAUGGAAUGUCUGAGGAUGAGAAGGAAUUGAUUAGGAUUUCUGAAGUUGGUAGGAAAAAGGAUUUCGUUUAUAGGGAGAAUAUUCGAGGGAAGAACAUUAAUGUUCUUCAAGGACUCGAGCUUCACACAGGUGUCUUUAAUGUCGAAGAACAGAAGAAGAUUGUUGAAUGUGUUUAUGAAUUUCAGCGGUUGGGACAAGAUGGACAACUUAGAAGAAAAACUUAUUCGGAACCGAACAAGUGGAUGCGAGGAAAAGGACGUGUCACAAUUCAAUUCGGAUGCUGUUACAAUUAUGCUGUGGACAAAAAUGGGAAUCCUCCUGGUAUAAUGAGAAACGAAGAUGUUGAUCCAAUGCCUUCGAUUUUCAAGAAAAUGAUCAAACGAAUGGUGAGAUGGAACGUUCUUCCUUCAUCGUGUGUCCCAAAUAGUUGCAUCGUAAAUAUUUACGAUGUUGGCGAUUGCAUACCGCCACAUAUCGAUCAUCAUGAUUUUGUUAGACCAUUUUGCACGGUUUCGUUCUUGGCCGAGUGCAAAAUUCUUUUCGGAAGUAAUUUGAAGAUUGUUGCCCCGGGAGAAUUCGCCGGACCUGUCUCAAUUCCUCUACCAUUAGGGUCGGUUUUCAUUCUAAGUGGUAAUGGUGCUGACGUGGCAAAACAUUGUGUUCCAGCAGUUCCAGCAAGAAGGAUUUCGAUUACAUUCAGGAGAAUGGAAGAAAGUAAGAUACCUUAUCAAUAUAGACCCGACCCAGAACUGGUCGGUCUCAAGCCUAUGGUUGUGGAUAAGCCUUCUGUUGGUAGCUCUUCUGUACCGGUUAUUGUUCGCGAACAUAAAGAGGUUAAAAAUUUUGAAAACGACGAUUUUCCACCGCUUGGGAGUUCGAGUGGUCGGAGAAAUCAUAGGAAUGGAUGGAGACCGGCAUGAGAUUAUUUCUUAGGCUAAAGUUUAAUUAUUUGAUUAGAGAUUGUACUUUUUAAUUUUUUUUCCUAAGUUUGUUUACUGAAUAAGGAGACAUGAAUAAUGAUAGUUUUCUGGGAUGUGUGUAUGGUUGAU